AUGAACGACUACGGUGUCGUAAAGCACCACGACAGCGAGGUUUCGCGAAAGAAGGCGGGGUCGUCACUCAACCUUAUACCUGCCGCCGGCUGCCACCGCGGCGAUGGAUAG